AUGGUGAUUUUACAACAUUACAGAUUCGAGGGAUUUGUUCCCCGACUCGAAGGCGAAGCCUUGCACGAAAUUCUUCAGCACAUCAGGCUGUCCGCCCCUGGCCACCUGCCGGAAGCCCCAUGGGAAGAGGACCAGGUUCGGGCAGGCUCGGAGGAGGACACGACGGAGACGCUUCCAAGAUCUGCAGGCGUUUCACGGCACCAGGUGGAUGCCGUUUUGGUGACCGUUGCCAUUUCUCGCAUGUAG